AAAAUAAUGUACCCAAUGAGAUGAACGUGUGCGAACGACAACAAAUUUGUAUCGAGAUCUACGCUCUGAUCUACACCACAAUUUCAUGUUCCUCGCAAUAUAAACUGAUGUCUUUCAUAUUUCUCACGGCAUCGAUGUUUGGUUCGGUAUAAUGUUGAUAAUUCGUAACCGUUUUCAUCGUUACUAGGAUUGUCUAAGACAGCUGAUCGAAACCGUUAAGAUAGUGAACCGGUCAAGUGGACUCCUCUGGAUCCUCCGCAGUUUGUUGUUCUACCAUAAAAUAAGUGGUUGUAGUAUCAGAAUGUCCGGUUACAGGAGAGAAUACACAAGGGAUGAGGAUCAGCAAAUAGUUGAUUACAUUUUGCAGAACGAUGCCGUUUACAAAUUACGUGGGACAGCGAUGUGGAAGCAGAUGGAGCAGUCAAAGCAGUUUGACAGAACAUGGCAAUCGUUAAAGAACAGAUUCCUGAAAAAGAUCUAUGACAAUAUGCAUCUUAUGGAUAUCGAGCAUGCAGACUCUGAGAAGAUCAGAAAAGGAUUUCAGGCCACCAAGAAUGACCCUAAAAUGAAAGACUGUAAAUAUACCAAGCAGCAGCAUGAUGUGGAGUUCUCCGAUUGAGAGAGAGCAAGAGAAAGAUCAACAUCAAUUAUAAAUAUUGUACAAUAUGAAUUAUUUUUACCAUAGAGAUAAAUCUUUUUAUAUGAAA